GCGCGGCUCCAAACGCCGUUUCGCCACCGCCGUUUCUCUCUCUCUCUCUCUCUCUCUCUCUCUCUCUCUAUUAAUUCUGCUUCAACAUCAACCAUGCUCCUCCGCUUCUCCCACCGCGCUUCCUCCUCCUCCUCCCACCUCCUCCUCCUCUUCCGUAGCUUCUCCUCCUCCCCCUCCCCCCUUCCCCCUCUCCCCUCCUUCUCCCCCCUUCUCCCAAACCCUAACCCUACCCCUAGCUCCGGCGAUAUCGCCGCCGCGUUCCGGGACUGGUUCCGCGGCGGCGAGGUGGUCUCCCUCCUGGACCGGAUCUACGCGGCGCUCGCCUCGUCCCACGCCGACGACGACGCCUCCCUCGACGCCGCGCUCUCCCCGCUCCGCCUCCCCCUCUCCGAGUCCCUCGUCCUCUCCGCGCUCCGCCACCGCCCCCGCCCCUCCCUCAUCCCCCCCUCCUCCGCCGGGGACGGGAGCGACCCCCUCCUCCUCCUCCGCCUCCGCUUCUUCGACUGGUCCGGGCGCCAGCACCCCUACCGCCACUCCCGCUCCGCCUACCACGCCAUCUUCCGCCUCCUCUCCCGCUCCCCCCGCGGCAUCCCCGUCGUCCUCGACUGGCUCCGCCUCUUCUCCGGCGCCGGCGACUCCCCCGCCCUCGCCGGAGGCGGCGGCGGCGGCGGCGGCGCGAGGCCCUUCGUCGCCUCGAUCGGCGGCGGGCCCUCGAACCCGCGGUUCCUCGACACGCUCGUGGUGGGGUACUCGGUCGCGGGGAAGCCCGAGCUCGCGCUCCACCUCCUGGGGCGCAUGCGCUUCCGCGGCCUCGACCUCGACGCGUUCUCCUUCCACGUCCUCCUCAACGCCCUCGUCGACGCCUCCCUCUUCGACUUCGCCGACUCCCUCCACUCCCACAUCGCCUCCCGCGGCCUCGCCGGCCCCGUCACCUCCUGCAUCCGCCUCAAAGCCCUCUGUCGCCAGGGCCGCUUCACCGACGCCGAGCUCCUCCUCCGCCGCGACCUUUCCCCCGCCGCCGCCGCCGCCGCCUCCUCCCGCGCCGCCGCCACCCUCGUCCGCGCCCUCUGCCGCCGCCGCCGCUUCGCCGCCGCCGCGCGCCUCGUGGACGAGUUCGGCUCCGCCGACGUCUACGCCGCGUGGAUCGGCGCCCUCGCCGGAGCCGGGCGCCUCGACGACGCCCUCGACUUCCUCGCCCGCAAACGCCUCGCCGAGGACUACAUCCCCGAGGUCUCCAGCUACAACGACCUCCUCCGCCGCCUCCUCCGCGAGAACCUCCGCCACCUCGACAAGGUCUACGACCUGCUCGUCGAAAUGCUCGAGGAGGGCAUCGCCCCCGACCGCGCCACCAUGAACGCCGCCCUCCGCUUCUUCUGCAAGGCCGGCCUCGUCGACGUCGCCGUCCACCUCUACAACGCCCGGAUGGAGCUCGGCGUCGACCCCAACAACGCAGUCUACAAUGAGCUCAUCGCCGCGCUCUGCAGGGAGGGGGACGUCGACCAGGCGUGUGCCGUUCUCGAGACUUCCAUCCAGCAGGGCUACUUCCCGGGGAGGCAAACCUUCACCAUCCUCGCCAACGUGCUCUGCCGCGAAGGUAAACUCAGCAAGAUGCAGGAGCUUCUCGACGGUGCCCUGAAGAGGAAAGUGCGGCCCAUAUCUGCGGUAUUCACCAAGUACCUCUCGGCCCUCUGCAAAGCAGGGGAUGUGGAAGAGGCCUUCAUGUUGCCACAGAUGAUAGGGGAAGAGAAUGCCGCCAUUAUCUAUCGCCAUCGGUCCACGUACACUAGUCUCAUCACGGCAUUUAUCACUAUGGGGAGGGUCGACGUCCUCCCUCGAUUUAUACUCGAGAUGCAAGACAUGGGGCACACUCCGAGCCGGAGCCUUUACCGAUCCGUCGUCUGCUCCCUUUGCGAGCGGGAUAAGUACGAAGAGGUUCUCGGGCUUUUAGACAAGCAGUUGGCACGCAAGGAGCUUGACCCACUCACUUGCUACAACUACUUCAUCGAUGGGGCCGCACACGCCAAGAAGCCCAGUAUGGCGAGGGAACUGUAUGCCAGAAUGGAGAAUGCAGGUAUCCAACCUAAUACGGACACCGACAUCCUCCUCCUUCACGGUUACCUAAAGAGUAAGCGCAUCUUCGACGCGCUUAGCUUCUUCAACUAUCUGCGGGAGAAGCGGGGCCUGAGCAAUAAGUUGUAUAAUGUAUUCAUAUCGGGGCUUUGCGAAGCGGGGAAGCCGGAGCAGGCGGUCGUGUUCUGGAAAGAGGCGCGGGAGAGAGGAUUGAUCCCCAGCCUUCAGUGCUACGAGGAACUCGUGCUCACGUUGAGCUCUUCAAAGGAUUACGAUACUGUGGUGAAAGUCCUCGACGAUUUCAGAGAGACGGGUCGCCCUGUUUCGGCAUUCUUAUGCAACGUGCUAUUGCUUCAUACUUUGAAAAGCCAGGCCCUCCUCCGUGCUUGGCUUCAGUCCAGGGAUAAAGAAGCGGAUGUCGAUUCAGUGGGCACGAGCAGUGAGAUUCAGGAUCAGCAAUCGGGCCGGCUUUUGCUUGGCCAGCUCAUCGCGGCGUUUUCAGGAGGGAUCAGGCUGAGAGGGAAUCUGGACAAGUUGGAAGAAGAGAUUGAGAGAUUCUUUCCUGUCGAUAUUUAUACGUACAAUAUGCUAUUAAGGGGAUUGAGUAUGGGAGGGAGGAUGGAUCUUGCUUCUAGUCUGUUUGAGAGGCUGUGCAAGAAGGGAUUUCAGCCUAACCGCUGGACUUUCGAUAUUAUGGUACACGGAUUUUGCAAGGAUGGCCAGAGGAAGGAGGCAGAGAGAUGGAUGCAGGCAAUGGCUCGAAAUGGGUUCUUCCCUACUUGGUAUACGAUGAGAUUAUACAAUAACGCAGUUUGAAAAGAGAAUAAGAUUCUUUUCGCCUAACCCAUGCUCCCAUCGUGCCCGUGAUCUCAGGCAUUGGUCCUAUACCCUGCUAGACAGGCUUUCUGAUGAGGGCUAUUUUUUCCAAGAGAAUACGAGUUUAAUAACUAAUUAAGAGGAAUAUAGAGAUGGUCACAUGUAGUCGAGAGCUGGAGAUGCUUCGAAGGAGAUAUAUUUUAAGCCGAGUGUGGAGAGGCUUGUUUUACCCACACUAUGUAUUCUAUUUUGCAGUUCCUGGCACUAACAACAUACUCCGAGGGCCCAAACUAGCCGAGAAAUUUUUUCAUAUCUUGAGGUUUUCAUUGGUUGUUAUUUGAUGUACAAUAAUUCAAUAUCUCUUGUAAUAAUUUGUUUAUUUACAAAUAAGUUUAGCUACCCCUUCUUUAUCAAUCAAAUUAUUAGCACGAAAUGUUACACAAUCAUCUCUGAGCCAUCCUUAGCCGCAGCUAUUCACUUCUCUCCUGGAUUAUGUUCAGAUAAUCAUUUCAUCCCGAAGGCGAUUACUCGUGACUGCUUCUUACUCUCCUCAAAUGAAGUUGCUCAGUGCACUGGUGACAUCGGUGUUUUAGGACCAUGAUUUGUUGUAAGCAGUUGAGACUAUGCACAGAACAAAAUGAGGUUACAGUUAGAAGCAGCAGAGAUGCUUACAUUGGCCACAACUACAUACACAAGGUAAUUUGAAGGUAAUGUUGUACUUGAUUCAAUAAAAUAUGAUCUGCUCCUAUUUUUCUUUUUAAAUAAAAUUAUUGAAUUUAGUGUUUCUUUA